GAUGCCAUGAACGACACAUGGGUCAGCAGCACUAUACAUUUCACGCCUUUGCCUGAAGAUGAUGGCGUCCAGAUCAAGUGUCAAGCAGACAACAAUGCGUUGCCCGGACAGAGUAUAGAAGACUCCUUCAAGUUGGAUGUUGUUUACCCACCAGUGGUGUCGCUAUCUCUAGGCAGCACACUGAACCCGCAUGACAUCAAAGAAGGAGACGACGUUUACUUCGAGUGCUCAGUACGAGCUAACCCUAAGGAACAUCGGAUAUCGUGGUACCAUAAUGACAAGCUGGUUCUACACAACGUGGUGUCAGGUGUGAUAGUCAGCACCAAGUCGCUCGUGCUUCAGAAGGUGACGCGCGACCACAGCGGCGACUACUCGUGUCGCGCGACCAACUCGCUGGGCGAGACCGCCAGCCAGGCAACGCAUUUACGGAUACAAUAUGCACCAGUGUGUACGCACUCGUCGCCGCAAGUACUAGGCGCGCAGCUAGACGAGGUGUUACACGUUCGAUGCUCGGUGACGGCCAACCCGCCUGACGUCACGUUCUUCUGGCAGUUCAACAACAGUGGCGAGAGUCUCGACGUAUCGCCGGCGAAGUUUGGUACAGCCAACGGCAGCACCAGUCAACUGAGCUACAAGCCGCAGAGUGACCGCGACUACGGCGCGCUCAGCUGUCGCGGCACCAACGCCGUCGGCCGCCAGCUCGAGCCCUGCGUCUUCCAGAUCGUGCCCGCCUCCCGGCCUGCGCCUCCAAGAAAUUGCUCCCUCCACACCGGCACCAACAGUACAGAAGGAGUCAGUUGGCUCAUCAUACGCUGUGUCGCCGGCUACGACGGUGGUCUGCCGCAGAGCUUCGUGCUUGAGGCCUUAGACCCCGUCACCGGGAAGACGAAGUUUAACAGCAGUGUCAAUGAGACAGAUGGCUUGGCAACCUUCAAGCUGGAUCUGGCUCAGCUAUCCGCGGGCAGUGCAGAGGGCGCCACCUUCAACCUGCUCAUCUAUGCGAAGAAUCUCAAGGGAGAUUCAGAGAAAACCUUGCUUGAGAAUAUUGCCUUCAAUGACGCCGCCAGGAGAACGGAUGGCAAAACAACAAUGGGAGGCAUAACCCUCGGCGUAGUAGUGGCCGUGGCCCUAGGAGCCGCGCUUGCCCUUGGCGGCAUAGCCUUCGCGGCUCUCUGUGCGCGGCGGAAGAGGUCGCUGCCCAACCACAAGCAUCCACCAGGAGACAUGCUGGAGCUGAGCGACGGCUGCAGGAGAUACGUCGUUGCUUACACCAUCAAACCGUCUCCGGAGUCCAAGACGCCGGAUCCACAGCCGGACAUUUUAAAUGCACCAGAUGGUGAAAAUCAAAAAAUACCACCAGCAACCAGCGAAGCAGACGAAUGGCCUAGCAUAAAGGAGCUAAGAGGUGAUUGGAGUAAAAGUGGAGCUGUUUUUUCAGCAGAAGACCUCGCUCUAUUGGACUCCACGGCAACUCACUGCACAUCACGCCUGCAAGAGCUAACACCGGGCAGCGACAUGAUACCCAGCAGUAGGCAAGAGGACGUUAUCAACCAAAAUUUAACGAACAACUUCAGACCAAACUUCGUCGUAACUAAUAGUCCGACUUUAGGCAGUCCGAACUUCGUCUGUCCUAACGGCAACGUUGGAUCACCGUUCGGAAGUCAGAGCCUAGUUCUUAGUGGUCCAACUUUGAGCUCUGGCAGCUUGGCUACAUCGACGUUACAUCGGAAAGGCAAAGGCAAUGGUAACGUACGGAGAAGGGAGCACGUUUUAGCCGAAAACUUACCCGGUCCCGAAAGCUGUGUGUAAGCUCCAAAUGCAAUACUAUUCUCUAAACUUUGAUCAUAGUUUAAUUAUAUUUGGCAAACUCUAGUCUAUUAAAGAUUUAGUCUGAUAAAUUUGUUUCCAAUUGAUUAAUAUUAUCUAUCAUACGAGUAUUAAUUCGUCCAUUUAUUUUUAAAUUUUAAUUUCAUUAGUUCAUUCUGUUUGAUAUUUUUAAUUAAUAAUAAUGAAUCAAUAAGAAUUAUGUCAUCUUAAUCGAUGAUAACUAUUGCAGUAUGGAA